GGGAAGGCGGGUGAGGAAAAAAGAGUAAAGCGAAAGCAGGCCGGGGUGCGCGCAUGCGCGCCUCCGUCGCCGCCGCUCUUUCGCUCUGCGCUCCGCUCUGGGGCUCCCGCGAGGAGAAGGCGGAGGAGGUGGCGGCGGCGGCGAGGAGUCGCGGCCGGUCCGGCGGCCUGAGGGGACGACGGAGGAAGACGAGGAGGCGGCCACGGCUGCCAGAGGAGGAGGAGGAGGAAGAGGAGUGGGGGGGCGCCGUCGUCGUCGUCGACGUGGAGCGGCGCUGUGGGGCCUGAGUGACCCCCCCACCCGACCUCUCCCCUCAUCCCUCCCGCCCCCCAUCGGAAGAGACCUCGCCGAGGCGCCCCACACGCGACCCCCUCCCCCGGCCGUCGCCCGCCCCCCAUCCCUCCUCAUCUCUAUCCCGCCUGUGGCUUCUCCUCACAGCGGGGCGUGGGGGGGCUGUAGCUGCCACCGCCGCCAACCGUGUGCCCGUCCGUCCCCCCCCCCCCUACCCCGCCCCGGUCCCUCAGCUUGCCUCGCCUUCCCCCCCGUCCUCCCUUCCUAUCUGUCUCUCCCUUCACCCCCGCCCGCUCUGGGUCAGGCUGUCAAGGCAAGGGCGCCCACCUCAGACCCACCCAGGGAGGCAGUGGGGGUUGAGGAGUGGGUGGGAAGCGAACUGAAGCUGACUGACUUGGCUCGCUAGCGUUGCUGCCUGCUGUCCCCCUUCACCGCCACCUUCCGCGUUCUUUUCUUUUAUCUCUUUUCUAUCACAUUCCAUAGCCUCUCCUUUAUUAGCACCUGCCACAUUCUCUCUCUCUUCAUUCGGCCUCCCUUAUUCUCUCUUCUCGUUCUCUACCACGUUCUCUUUCUCCCUCUCUUCCAGCUUUUGCAGUCCUUACUCCUGCAUCUUUUAAUUAUCUAUUUGAUAAAUAAGUUUCAGGACCCCCCCCCCACCUUUCAGUUCAGUUCCUCCUUUAGCUUUUCCUGUCAACACCCACUGACAUUUUUCUCUCUUCAAGAAACUCCUGUUUCAGUUGCUUCGUCUCUCUCCUUGUUUCUCUCAUCAUCCUUCAUCUUAGCUUCCAUGAUCUUUUUAAUUUAAAGGGGGGGGAACCCUUCACUUUCACAAAUUCAUUCUUUAUUUUGCUUCUUUAUUAUUUCUUAACCUUUUAUCGAUCUACCCACAGUGCUUUGCUUUUUUAAAAAUAAAAAUAUUCACAUCCUUAAGCACUUUCCCCACUUUUUUUUUAGGGCUUUCCACAUUUAUACUUUUGCUUCCUAUAGUCUGUUUUUGUUUUUCUCUAUAAAUAGCCAGCUUAGAUUAUUUUCUCCCCAUUCACAUUUUAAUGCUUUCCUCUCUUUAACAUUUCCUUGUCCCCCUUGUACUUUUUCUUGCCUGUUUUUUGCAUCCUCUUCCUUGUACCGGUAUUUUCCAUCUCCCAUCCUUACAGGAAAAGCAUCAAUUUCUUUCAUUUACUGUGACGUGUUUGGAUUCUCUCAUCUCCUGUUUGUGGCUUGAUCACACUUUUAUUCUUUCCCCCAUAUUGAAGCAUCAUUUGCUCCAGCCCUGUUUUCAUUCUUUCUCCAUGUUCUUUCUCCUAAUUUCCAUAUUCUUCUCCCUUAACUGCAUUUUUUAAAGCCUUCCUAGAUUUUUUCUCCUUUAAACUACUUUUUCCUACCCCAUUCUUCUCUUGAUUAUCUCUGCUUUCAUUCUUCUUUUGUUUUUGUUCCCCCCCUUCCAAAAGUUAUUGAAACCUUUUAUUCUUUGUCCUUGAUAACUUCUGUUAUCUGACUUCUUGCUUUCUGCACAUAAUUUUUAAGUCCCUUCUGUGAGCUUCAUUUGUUCUUUUUUCAUUCCCCCUCCCUGCCUCAUUUUGAAUAUCGUUCACUGACUCUUCCUCCCAUUUCCAUCCAUUCUUUAUCAUCCCCUUUUCAAUUUUUGGACUUAUUUUCAUUUCCUAUUAAACAACUUUCCUUGAUUUAUAUAGCCACUUUUCGUGGAAGUUGCUCAUAUCCACGUUUAAUAUUAAAGGUGGAUGGAUAUAUACACAAAACAGAGGGUAGAGUUGUAGAAGGUCUUGAAGACCUUCCUUCACAUUUUGAAAAGAUAAAUGAAAAGGAUGUGGGAAUGGAAGGGGUGGGCUUGUCAGUACUCCUAACAUUUUCUAGGGGGGUGAAGUUGCAUCCUUUUUCUGGGGGGGAAGGGGACUGACAAAUUUCAAGACUGGCACAGAGGAAACAUAAGAAGGAUGAUGUUCUAGUACCAACUACACUGGCCAUCUUGGGGGGGUAGGGGGUUUAUUGCAUGCUCACAUGCGCACUCCAUUUUUCUUGACUUGAUGAAGACAUAAAGGCCUGUUGAGCUCCAUGUUUUUGAAGGUGGGCAACUUGCUUGUGGUAGUGUAGCAAACUUCAUUUUUUGUGGCCAAAUGACAGCUUGACCCAGUUGUUAUCCAACAAGAGGGCAUCACCUUGAAUGUCUCUUUGUAGUGCCACAGCCAGCGCAAAAAUGAUGGCGGCUUACAAUGGCGGUACAUCUGCAACAGCAGCAGGUCACCACCACCACCACCACCACCACCUUCCUCAUCUCCCCCCUCCUCAUCUCCAUCACCACCACCACUCUCAGCACCACUUGCACCCAGGCUCUGCGGCUGCAGUACAUCCCGUACAGCAACAUGCUUCUUCGGCUGCUGCAGCAGCCGCAGCUGCAGCUGCUGCAGCCAUGUUAAACCCAGGGCAGCAGCAACCAUAUUUUCCAUCACCGGCACCAGGUCAAGCCCCUGGACCAGCAGCAGCAGCCCCAGCUCAGGUACAAGCUGCUGCAGCUGCUGCAGUCAAAGCGCACCAUCAUCAGCACUCGCAUCAUCCACAACAGCAACUGGAUAUUGAACCAGACAGGCCUAUUGGAUAUGGAGCCUUUGGUGUAGUUUGGUCAGUAACAGAUCCGCGAGAUGGAAAGAGAGUUGCACUCAAAAAGAUGCCCAACGUCUUCCAAAAUCUGGUCUCUUGCAAAAGGGUCUUCCGUGAAUUGAAGAUGUUGUGUUUUUUUAAGCAUGACAAUGUGCUCUCUGCUCUCGACAUACUCCAGCCACCACACAUUGACUACUUUGAAGAAAUAUAUGUUGUUACAGAAUUGAUGCAGAGCGACCUCCAUAAGAUUAUUGUCUCUCCUCAGCCACUCAGCUCGGAUCAUGUAAAGGUUUUUCUUUACCAGAUUUUAAGAGGUCUGAAAUACCUACAUUCGGCUGGUAUUUUGCAUCGAGACAUUAAACCAGGGAACCUACUUGUGAACAGCAACUGUGUUCUUAAGAUCUGUGAUUUUGGCUUGGCCAGGGUGGAAGAAUUAGAUGAAUCUCGUCACAUGACUCAGGAAGUUGUCACUCAGUAUUAUCGAGCUCCGGAAAUCCUGAUGGGCAGCCGUCACUACAGCAAUGCUAUUGACAUCUGGUCCGUAGGCUGUAUAUUUGCAGAAUUGCUAGGACGGAGAAUAUUGUUUCAAGCGCAAAGUCCCAUUCAGCAGUUGGAUUUGAUCACAGAUCUCUUAGGAACACCGUCACUGGAAGCAAUGAGGACAGCUUGUGAAGGCGCCAAGGCACACAUACUCAGGGGUCCUCAUAAACAGCCAUCCCUUCCUGUCCUGUAUACAUUAUCCAGCCAGGCUACACAUGAAGCCGUUCAUCUCCUUUGUAGGAUGUUGGUCUUUGAUCCAUCCAAAAGAAUAUCCGCUAAGGAUGCCUUAGCUCAUCCAUAUCUUGACGAAGGGCGUUUGAGAUAUCAUACCUGUAUGUGUAAAUGUUGUUUUUCCACCUCUACUGGAAGAGUUUACACCAGUGAUUUUGAACCCAUCACGAAUCCCAAAUUCGACGAUACUUUUGAAAAGAACCUCAGUUCUGUUCGGCAGGUUAAAGAAAUAAUCCAUCAGUUCAUUUUGGAACAGCAGAAAGGAAACAGAGUGCCUCUGUGCAUCAACCCGCAAUCUGCUGCUUUUAAGAGCUUUAUUAGUUCCACGGUCGCUCAGCCGUCCGAGAUGCCGCCAUCUCCGCUGGUCUGGGAGUAAACGUGGAAGAUGUACUACUGAAGACAUAAUGUAGCUUUCCACUGGAUUCUGGGAUUUGCAAUUCUGGACAUUUAAUCAUGCUUGUACUGUACUUUUACUAAUGAAGUUUUAAAUUAACAACCACUAUCCUUGUAUGAUAUAUGAAUAAGACUUAGAAAUGUUAACUAGGCUUUUAAAAUUCCUGUCAUGGGUGGGGUUGUGCUUUUAGGAGGAAAAAAAUAUAUAUUAUUUUAUCCAGAGUUGCACAUGUUUUGUUUUUAAAGUAUGAAUUGUAGCGCAGCUGUAAUCUUGCUUGGCUCUGAACAAACGGAGGGUUUGAACCAAAUUGGUGGGAAAGUUGCUUUUAAAAAAUAAAUAAAUGAUGGGGCUUUUCUUCUUCUUCUUCUUUUUUCCAAGUGGAUAAGUCAUUUUUGAUAUUGAGCCAUUCCUGAAGAUUAGGGAUUUUUUUUCUAAAACGAGAGAAUAAAAGUUUUGGGAUUACAGAAGUUUUUAAAACUGUGACCAAUCGUGAGACCCACCUGAUGGCAAUAGUGUCAUCCGGCGGUUUAGAAGAACCCUAUACAUUAGCUUCUCACUAGUGGGGGGUGAUUGUGUGCUGUUUUCCAAUCAGAUGUUGCGAGUAGAAAGAAUGAGUUUGUGACUAGGGAGAGAUGAGAACCCCCCCUUUUCCUUUUUAACCCCCCCCUCCUCUGGUAUAAAUAAAUAUAUAUAAAUAUAUAUAUAUUUAAUCUAUUUUUAUUAGAAGUUUUUUCUGCUCUUUUCUUACAUAAACCAUCCCUUUCUACCCCCCCCCCAUGCGUGCAUCUGCAAAUGUGUGUAAAUAAUUCCAUUUCUGGGGCUAAUAAUGUCAAAGAAUCUUGCUAUCCAUUGCUGUGUAAAGAGAGAGAGAGAGAGAGAGAGCGCAAGAGAGGAAGUAGCUUGCACAUUUUUAGGUCUGUGAAACAUUGUGGUUUUUUUUUUAAAUUCUGCACUGGACAGUCAGCGAAAAAGAAAAGCAAAAAACGCAAAAAAAAGCACAUAGGGAAUUAUGUUAAUUGUAUUUGUGUCCAUAGGCAAAGCUGUGGAAGUCUUGAAAUGUCACAGUAGUAAAUGACUUUUAUUACGUUUUGGCUAA